AAGCACGGUAAAGACGAUUUGGAACGCACUCUGUUGAAUUACGGUACCGUUGUUUAUAAUGUGUUUAUUUCACAAACGAACUCAGAUGAGAGUUGCAGGGGCCAGGUGGGCGUGAAAGCUCUUUAUCAGUUUGCCUUUGAAGUCGCCGGGGUCAUUUUUGAGAUAAUCGCGUUAAACUGGUUUAAAUCACAUGCUGCUAUCAGCCUCCACCACACCAGAGCUCAGAAAGCGUAGAGAAAAACACUAUCUCAUUCACGCCGCUGAUUUAAAAGAAAAACAAUAGAUUUCUGCGGCGAUGGAUUUUAUAACGGAGGAACAAAUUCAGAAGUACCGGCAGGAUGGGUACCUGGUGCUGGAAGGGUUCUUUAGCCCAGAGGAGUGCGAUGCCUUGCGGGAGCGGAUGGCGGUGAUCGUGGAGAGAAUGGACGUGCCGCUGCAUUGCCGAACAGAGUUCUCCACUGAACAAGAGGAGCAGCUAAAGACCCAGGGCAGCGCAGAUUAUUUCAUGUCAAGUGGAGACAAGGUCCGCUUCUUCUUCGAGAAAGGAGUUUUUGACAGUCAAGGCGAUUUUCUGGUGCCAAGAGAGCGUUCUGUGAAUAAAAUAGGACAUGCACUUCAUGCCUCUGAGCCGGUUUUUAAAAAUGUCACACAUUCUCCAAAAGUCCAGGAAUUGUCCAGGAAGCUGGACUUCAAGCAGCCAGUGGUGGUUCAGAGCAUGUACAUCUUUAAGCAACCUGGAAUUGGUGGUGAAGUGACCCCUCACCAGGAUGCCACGUUCCUGUACACUGAGCCCCUGGGCAGGGUGAUGGGAGUCUGGAUUGCUCUGGAAGAUGCCACCGAGGAGAACGGCUGCCUGUGGUUCAUCCCAGGGUCUCACAAAACUGGGAUUACCCGGCGGAUGGUCCGCACUCCUGAAGGUACCUUCCCUCGCACGCAGUUCAUCGGCUCAGAGAGAACCUAUGCAGAUGAGAAGUUUGUCACGGCUCCGGUAAAGAAAGGUAGCCUGAUCCUGAUCCACGGGGAAGUGGUCCAUCGCAGCGCAAUGAACUCCUCCAAUCACUCCCGGCACGUCUACACCUUCCACAUCAUGGAGUCUGAAAACACACGCUGGAGUGCGGAGAACUGGUUACAGCCAACCCAGGAGCUCCCUUUCCCUUCCCUCUACACCUAAAACUUUCCACCACCUUCCCAGCGGUUACAGCGAAAGCAGUGCAGUUCCUAUUCAGCAUCGUGGAAACACCACCCCAGUUAUUUAAAUUAUUGACCCUUUGCAGUUUAAACUUUGACAUUAUACUGAUUUUAAAAAAGGUUUUAGUCAGGUUUGCUCAUACAAACAGAGCAGGGGGACAGAAAAUAUUGGGUUCAUAAUAUCCCACCUUGUCAUACACACAAAUAAUUGGAGAGCAAGGCUGAGUGCAGAUUUACACCACCAUGCAGUAUCCACAGCAGACACUGUAUACAUAUGUGUUUUAUGUUUGCCCAAUGUCCAUUAUUAUUAAUAUUAUUAUUCUAAUUAAAUGUAACUUUUCUAUACCGACUAUAGAUUUUUUAAUCUUUGUUUUCUGUGUACAUCGAUCUCUUGCCCAUUGAAAGUGAAAUAAACAUGAACUGCUUCA